AUGGUGGUGGCCGACUUCCUCACCCCGCUGACGGUGGGUGCAGGUGACGCCGCAAGAGAGCAGCAGUACGCUGCUGUCCUUGAGCGUGUAGUGCUCCUGCUUGAUGGUGAAGACGACUGGAUCGUGGCCAUGUCCACUGUCGCGUCCGAGCUGCAUGCAGCAUUCGAUUAUUUCCACUGGACAGGGUUUUACAGGACAACUGCCCCUGGCGUGCUGAAGCUGGGCCCGUACCAGGGAGGCACCGCCUGCCUCACCAUCCCCUUCUCCCGCGGCGUGUGCGGUGCCGCAGCUCGAGAAGCCAGGACGCAGCUCGUCCCCGAUGUCCACUCCUUCCCUGGCCACAUUGCCUGCGCCUCCAGCACCCUCUCCGAGAUUGUGGUCCCGGUGUGUGAUCGCAGCAAUGGCACUGCCAUUGCUGUGCUGGACAUCGACUCAAAUCUCCCCGCCGCAUUCACUGCCUCGGAUGUGGCUGGUUUGGAGCAUCUCACUGGCUGGCUUGAGGCUCAGAGUUGGAAUGCCAAGUACUGGCCUUGA